AUGAUCACAUUCUUCCUGCUGGGCAGCGUGGUGGCUUAUGGGCUGGUGGCUCUGAUCUAUCGUCUUCAGAUUCACCCGCUGAGCAAAUUCCCUGGGCCGCGCCUGGCAGCUAUCUCGGGCCUCUAUGAGGUCUACUUCACCUUGACAACUGGCUCAUUUGAAGAGCAGAUCGAGAAACUGCACGAACAAUACGGCCCGGUCGUGCGCAUUACCCCGGACGAGGUACAUGUCACAUCGACAACGUCCAACUCUGCCGAUCGCUGGAUCAAGGGCAGCGAGACGCUAGACUCUGGCCGUCACCAAUCUCGGUCCAGCCCAUAUUUCCAGGCGAGCAAGCGCCCCUCGAUUUUCCAGGUGGAGGUACAUCAGAUUGUCCGGCUGCUGCAGCGGCCGCACUCGCAUCGCGUGUUCACGCUGCCACGGUUCUACCAGGGCCGGUUCAUGCCAGAAGAGAGCGAUCUGAGGACGGCCAUUCGCAGCCCCUCAAUGGCGCCCGAACAUCCAACAGGGUGA